GAGACGGACUGAAUUUUUACUGUAUACUCGCCCCAGUUCGCGUAGGUUAAUACGGUAACUAUCAUGGCCGACGAUAAGGACGUGGCAUAGUCUUAAAGAAUCGUACAAUUUGCCGUAAAUUUCCCUGUGAAAACGUUGAUUUGCUUAAAAUGGGUUUAUGUAAAUGUCCCAAGAAGAAAGUAACGAAUCAAUUUUGCUUCGAACAUCGUGUAAAUGUCUGUGAACAUUGCCUUGUCUCUGGGCAUUCUAGAUGUAUUGUGAAAUCCUAUCUACAUUGGUUGCAAGAUAGCGAUUAUAAUCCUGUGUGUACUUUAUGUAAUGGUAAUCUGUCUAAUGGUGAUACUGUCAGGUUGACUUGCUAUGAUGUGUUUCACUGGGAUUGUUUGAAUAAAUUUGCAUCAAGUCUUCCUCCGAAUACGGCACCAGCGGGGUAUACUUGUCCUAACUGCAAGGUGUGUGUAUUUCCGCCAAACAAUCUAGUAUCACCUGUCGCUGAGGCCUUAAAAAAGAAACUAAUCAAUGUAAAUUGGGCGAGAACCGGUCUUGGUUUACCCCUGGCUGGUACUCAGAAUGAUGCACAAGAUGAAGUGGAGCAUUCGGGGAAUCAUAAAGAACUAAGAAAUCAAGUUCAAGACCUGUACCAACAGGGUAACACAACAACUCUCACAAGAACAUCAACUCCUAUGCAUGAAGGGGAGGCUCCAGCACCUGCGUUCACACCCAAACAACAUGUUGUGGAUAUCCGACCCGAAUCUCAGCAACACGCAGCUGCGGCAGCAUCCCCUCAAGCGACCUACCCGCGCAUGGAAAAACAUGGCACAGGUACUGUUUCAAGGAAAAUAUUUGAUGCACGAGAGCAAAAUGAAGACUCAGCAUUAAAAGAUCAUGAUGUUGACAAGUACAAAAGGCGAGGUGCCGUACAAUGGUUCAGUCGAUGGUUUGGAUUACGGAAACAAAAUCGAGCAAUAAAAGAGGAUUCAAACAGUCCAUUAAAGAGAACUGCAAUUCUUGUGUUUUUAGCCAUUCUUGUUGGCAUAACUCUCAUUGUUAUGAUGACAAGGGCGGGUAGAAUUACAGCCAAUAAUGAUCCGCUACUGGAUCCUCGAGCCAACCCGAACAUUAGAGUGGAAGAUGACACAGCUUAAUAAGCAGGUUGUAUCAAUUUCCAGAAUUUAACCCAACUGUAAAAAUAGUUGGUGGUACAUCAGAGUGCAAGCUGGUGCACUUGUGUUCUGAAAUGACCAUAGGAAUACUUGAAAUAUUGAUGAAUCAGUGCUGUAGAUAUGUACACUUACAGCAUGUGUGAUACCUAUAUGUGCCUAACAUAAUUUAACUACCUAACAUAAUUUAAAGUCAACAAUGGGUAGUUUUUUCUCUGUGAACCGAGAUCCAUAUACAAACAUGUAACUAUGUUUUUCUCAGAGAUAUUUUAUCUGCCUUACCCCGCAGUUAUUAUAGGGAUCUUCGAUUCAUAAAUUGUAGACGUUGUACGUUUUCGAGGAACAGUAAAAUGGAUGUUUUUAAAUCGAAUAAGCGACUUCAUUCCUCGUAUAUUGCCUUUAUUUUCUUGUGUUUU